CGCUCUCUAUUUUUCAAAGUCAUAAUGUUUUAGUUGGUCUACCCAGAAUUCUUUAAACCCCCUCUCACCGUGGGACCAGUCCCCAAACAGCCCAUAGUCUGACUAAAGACGGUCAUUACGCGGUGCGAAAGAGUCAAAACACAAUUUUACAGAUCCUUGUGGCUUCUGAAUGCAUUCCUUCAAGAUGAGUUUUCUGAAUUGCCGAAAUAACUUGGUUGAACUUGAACGACCUGCCACCACUAAAUAGUGUAGUAGGCGGUAGCUACUCUGAAUGUCAGCAACACGGAUCAGGUCUACUGUGACUCACUCCUCCCCGCUGAUAUGGAGGACGCUGGCUUUGGCGAGGCGGCUGUAUCAGAGCAGUCUUGGGUGCCCGUACAGGUGGAGGACAGCGAGUUCCUUGCCAAAGCUUGGUUUGGGAACACACAGUACCGGGUCCUGCUGAGCGACCUGAACUGUGUAUGGGAGGAGGAGAUGCAGGCAGACGCCAUCGGAGACAGAGCCCAGGAGCUGAAUAAGCGUCUACGAGCGUCCGUCCAGGCCUUCUUCUCCCACCUGCGGCGCGUGGCGCAGCCUCGUCUCUCCGGUCAGCCUGGACACCAGGACGGCGUGGAGGCGCAUCUCUCGCUCCUGCGCCAUGACGACCGCCUCACGGUCCGGCUCAAGAGCGAGCUGGCGGGGGUGCCGUUCCACUGGGAGUUCCGACUCAGACCUGCCCCUAUUAAUGUGGUGUGCAAGCAGCUAGUGCGCCCUCUGCUGGCCAUCACUCAGGUACUGCAGAGGCAAGUGCAGGAGCUCACAGGGCUCCUGGUCAGGAAGGACGCCGAGAUACUGGACUACAAGGAGAAUGGAGCCGUGCUGACCAGAGGAAGGCUACUGACAGAUGUGUUUGAUGAGGACAGAUACAGACAGAACUUCUUCUCACAGACACUGCCUCAGGUGAGAGCUGUGCAGGAGAGUGUGUGCUUCAGCCCUGAGCUGCAGGAGCUGUACGCAGCCGUGAGCAGCCAAGGAGGCCGCCACAAACGCAGACGCUCCAGCUCCACACACGACACACACGAGCAGGACGCCACUCCGGCACAGACCCCAGCAACUGGACACAACACACACACUCAGAGAGAGGGCGCGAGUGGGCCAGGCUGCCAGAGCGGCUCAGAUCAGAGCCUCACACCAAGCCUGGAGGUGCAGAACCCUGAAGAACCGGGCAGCCAGGGAGCAAGUGGAGAACCUCAGAAGGCAGAGUGUGAGCAGACGGUUCCCCAGAUGCCGGUUCCAGUGGAUCGACCCGCGCCCAGACCCAAGAAGAAGAAAGCGGUUGGCCUGUUCCGCUGAGGAACCGCUCAGCGGGAGCUCUCAGUCAGGUCCUGAAGACAUUGACAUUCACUACUGGCCCAGGGCAGGACACAUAGACACACACACAAACACACUCAGACAUGCACACACACACACAAACACACUCAUACACACACACACACACACACUUUGGGCAGGGCUGGUCUGUUUGACUCUGAAGAACUCACUCACAGGAAGAUGGAAGAUCCCUGUGAAGCAGAGCCCUCCAAUAUCUGGACUUCUAUUGUUUUUUUAAACUGCUUUUACAAACCUGACCAACUCUGAAUGUCAUUUUUUAUGUUACUCUAUAAGUUUUAUAUGUUUUAUGUUACUUUAUAAAUUACUCUUUGUUGGAUUCAUUUUAAAUUACAAUGAUGUUAAUAAAAACGUGUUUUAUAUCA